AUGGAAGUGGAAGAUGAAGCGGCGGCAACCGCCAAAGCCAGUGUUGACGCUGGGCCCAAGAAAAGGGGACGCAAGCCCAAGUCAAAGUCCAGAUCAAGUGCAGCAAUUGAAGGACUUCCCAAGGGCAAGAGGACGAGAAGGAGCAAGCUGCAGAAGAAGGACAGCGAGUAUCUCUACGAGUUCGAGGACACCGACACAGAGGAGGACCAGGCGGCACAGGACACCUCGGGCGACGGAGACCGCAACUACCACGCCAACUCUGACAGCGGCAGUGAUUCUGAUGCAUCAACGAAGGAAUCUGGCGCGGUGCCCGUCGAGAUUGCCGCGCCGCCGCCGCCGCCUCCACCCGCGGCUGCGUCCAGCCCAGCACCAGUCGUCAGUGCUGCAGCCGUCGCUGUAGUGGCCAGCCCCACCGAGUCCAAGUCGCCGUCCGCCACCCACCGGUGCAACCAGUGUCAUGCCCAUAAUUCGCUGAAGACCUGCCCGCGUGGCUACUGCUCGUGGUGCUGCAAACACUCGGACGAGGGUCCUUGCACCGCCCACGACAGGAGCAAGCGGAAGAGGGAAUCGCCAGCAGAGGCAACAACGACGACGGUGGCAGCGGCGCCUCCUGCGACAGCGCCGGCGACGGCAAAGGAGACCACCACGACCACCACAGCCACCACAGCCGCGGCUGGAGCCAAACCAACACCUCCUCUGAAGCGAGGGCGGGGCCGGCCUCGGAAGAACCCCUUGCCGCCCGCGCCCGCACCUGCGCCCGCGCCAACAGCCACGGCCUCUCCCGAUCCCAUUACCACUACCGCGAGCCCCAGCAGCACUGUCGCAGCCGCCCCCUCCACUGCGCCCGCCAUUGCGUCUGCGGAGUUGACCACUGCUGCUGGCAGCCCGCGACCCGUUCCCAUGGACCUGGAGACUUCUUCCGCCACCCCGGCACCCACCGAGGAACCGGCGGCCGUCGGCGCUCAGGGCAAGGCGAUCAAGGCGGCAAAGAAACGCGAACUCGACCAAGCCGCCGAGCAGGCCAAAGAGGCGAAGAGGCGAAAGAUGCAGGAGAAGCGAUUCCUGCGGCUCUACCGAAGCCUGCGGCGGAUGAACCACGUGGAGGCCAAGCGACGCGACUUGCUCGAGGCCGGCGGCGACCCCAACGAGGGCGUCGUCAACGGCGUUCUGUACAGAAAAGUCAAGCGCUCCGUCAUCGACAACAUCAACGCCACCCCCGACGGCACCAACGACGAACAACAACAACAACAAGUCACCAAUCGGCAACAGCAAAGCAACAAUGACGAGGCGGGGCAGGAUGACGACGAGGAGGAGCGCUUCUGGGUGGACCGAUACGGGUGGCCGCUCGAGGAGGACGUCUACAUGGGCACGGACAUCGUGGGCGAGUGGGAUGCGUGGCGCGACGAGCACCAGCGCCGGGAGGACCAAUUGGAGAGCGCCCGACGCGCGGCUGCUGCUGCCACGUCAUCAUCAUCGUCGACAUCGACAUCAUCAACGGCAGAAAGUGCUUCGGCCAUAUUCGCCCCUCGCCAUUUCGGCAACGGCCACCGAAGGGGAAGCGUGCGCGGCGAGAACGGAUUCGGUGGUGGGUGGAACGACGAUCACUGCGGAGGCGGGCUGGCGGCUUCGUCGGUGUCGUUUGACAACAUCAGCGAUGACGACAGUGACGACGACGAUGACGCCAACGACGACGGCCACGGUCGCCGUGCCAGGUUCGGUGCGCGAUCGCUGUCGCUCGACGCCGUUGGUUGCGCAAGCGCGAGAGGCGGAGGCGGUGGUGUGGACAGUGGGGACGAGGGGCACACAUACGCGCGCAGCGAUAGCAGCCGGCCACGCUUCAUGUCGCGCCACGCCGCCAAGAUGCGUAAGCGAUACCCCAUGCUAGCCGAGUGGCGAGCGUCGAGUAUGUCGUACGAGGACAAGCGGCAGCUGAUGCGCGAUAUAACGCUGCUCGAUGCCGACCACGUGCCCGAACUCCUCAAGAUCAUAUUCCGGCAGAUGCCCGACUCCUUUGCCACGAGACAGAUGCUGGCGCAGACGAUAGACAUGGACGUCUCCUUCCUGUCGCCCGCCACCCUCUCCCGAGUGGAGGACUACGUCUACACCCAACGACGCCGCAGCGCCUCGGUGUCGCUCAACUCGUCGUCCUCGCGUGCGGGUUCCCCGCCCCACACCCCGCUGUCCGCCUCCGGGUCCUCCCUGCGGCGACGGCGCGCCACGAGCAGCGUCGUCAGCAUCCAACAGCACGGCAGCGACGACGACUCCUGGCUCAACGACGGCGACGAUGUCGACAUCAACGUCGAUGUCGACAGCAACGACGGCUUUAAUCAUAAUAGCCUCAGCCACAGCAGCACCGGUCACGCGGCCAAGGACGCGGCCGAUCGUCAUCGACCGCGGCGCGACAGCGUCCUGUCGGCUUCGGCUCCCGUCACGACCACGGCCCAUCGAUCAUCGACGGUGGCCGGCAAGGGCAAGGCCAAGGGCGGCGGACGGACGCGGGGCAGCAGCGGCAAGGCGCGCAAGACCGAGCGCAGCACAUCACCGCGUGGCGAGGAGGCACGAGGCCGACGCCGAUCGGCAUCGACCGACGGCGCCGCCGCCGACGAAGUUGAUACGAAUCAAACCAUCACCACCACGCCGGCCAUCGUCAUCUCCACCCCGACCGAGGAGGGAGCCACCACCACCACUACUUCUUCAUCACCCGCAGGCAUCGCCGCCUCCGGCGAUGACGUGGCUGCGCCACCGGCGAGCGUGACGUCACCUCCCGGGAGGCGGGGCUCGUCGUCCGGCGGCCGCACCCCGCGCAAGCGAAAGAACAGCAGCACGUCGCCGGCCAAGGCGCCGUCACCGCCGGGCGCGGCCGCAGCAGCUGCCGUCGGGACGGCCACGUCGCCCGGCGACUCGCUGGUGCUGCCGCCCAAACAGCCCAAGCAGGCGUCGCCCACCGUGCGGCCGCGGCGCACGCGCAAGGUGCGGAUGUUCGACCCGCACGGCGACAAGGCGGCGCCGCUGCCGAAGCCGCUCCACGCGUGCCUGGAGAUCCUGCAGGAGCUCAUGGCCCACGAGUACGGCUGGACGCAACUGCAGUCGGGCCACUACGAGACGCCGGAGGAGUUUGCGGCGGACGUGCGGCUGGUGUGGAACAACGCGCUGACCUACAACGAGCAGGACAACGAGGUGCACCUGCUGGCCAAGGAGUUCCAGGCGGCCUUCGAGCAGUCCUACGCCUCCGUCCAGGCCGAGUGGGACCGCCACAAGCAGCUCCACCCGACCCCCGCCCGCGCCGCCGCCACCACCACCAAGAAUGCCGCCGAUGUCGCCGCCGCCACCACGUCGACGACGCCGACGCAAGUCAUCGAGGGCGGAGAGACGAAGACAGAGGAGGAGAAGGAAAAGGAGAAGGACGCGAUGGAAGAGGAAGAGGCCAACACGACAACGACGAUGUCGACGCCAACGACGACGGCGCCGCCCCUGGAAGUCGUCGAGACCGUUGAAACGAAAACGGAACCGGAAGAGAAGCAAGAAGAGGAGGAGGGCAUCAAGCAGGAGCUUCCGGCGGAAGAGGAGAAGACCAAAGUCUAA